CCACUAGGCACAUGAUAGCCGAAACUUCCUGUCGCCCGAGUCAGCUGAUCAAUCCCAUUCCUGUCUGCUCCAUACAGUGGUCGUGCGAAAAUGUCGGGCAAGGAUAAAUUGCAAAUUUUCCCCUCUCGGGGGGCGCAGAUGUUGAUGAAGUCCCGUUUACAAGGAGCACAAAAAGGUCAUGGUCUCUUGAAGAAGAAGGCUGACGCCUUGCAGAUGCGCUUCAGAAUGAUUCUGGGGAAGAUUAUUGAAACUAAAACUUUAAUGGGUGAAGUGAUGAAGGAAGCCGCGUUCUCUCUGGCUGAAGCAAAGUUUGCAACGGGCGACUUCAAUCAGGUGGUGCUACAGAACGUGACAAAGGCACAAAUCAAGAUUCGCUCAAAGAAAGACAACGUCGCCGGCGUGAAUCUCCCGGUAUUUGAAUCGUACCAGGAUGGAACAGAUACUUACGAGCUGGCCGGCUUGGCCAGAGGUGGUCAGCAAUUGGCGAAGCUGAAGAAGAACUACCAGCGGGCGGUAAAACUGCUAGUGGAAUUGGCGUCGCUACAAACGAGCUUCGUCACUCUCGACGAGGUGAUCAAAAUCACGAAUCGCCGCGUCAACGCGAUCGAGCAUGUCAUUAUUCCGCGAAUCGAGAGAACUCUCGCGUACAUCAUCUCCGAACUCGACGAACUUGAGCGAGAGGAGUUUUAUCGGCUGAAGAAGAUUCAGGAUAAGAAGAAGAUUGCCAAGGCAAAGGUUGAGGCGGAGAGAGCGGAAAUGAUCGCGGCCGGGCACAAUUUGGAAGCCGCGAACAUGCUCGACGAGGGUGACGAGGACCUGUUGUUUUAAAUAUUGUAAAUAACGCGUUUUAAUUAAGAUGAUGUUAAUAGUUGAGAACGAAGCGAACCGUUCCCUUCCCGUUUCGAGCGUACUUUCCGUUAUAAUGUUGAAUCACUGUGCAAUAACAGUUCCGAUGGUUUGUGCGUUUAGAAAACGUAAUAACAGGUAGAUUUUUCGAAUUGUUUCUUUGUCCAGCAACGCAUGCAACACCACCAACACGCAUAUGUGUACAGUCGGAUUUACAUAAUAUAUAUAAUAUAUGGAAAAAUUCAACAGUCACAUGUACAAAAUCUGAAGAACGCCACACGGUUGCGUUCUUUAUGUUGGAUGUAUAGUCGGUUGAUUUUUUCAUGCAUUUUAUAUUCCGCGUGAAGACUUACCACGCGACUCUAUCCGAAUGAAUUUUUAUCCUGCGUUGUAGUGUAUCGUAAAAAUCGCUGUUAUUGUUCUUGUUUAACGUUUAAACGAUUGAAUUGUACAGAAUUUUUACCAUGGGACGCGAUUCGAAGGGAUAGAUAGUGGUAUUCAUCGCGAAUCAUUCCGCGGUUUGUAUGAUGUGAGAGAAGUUGUAUGAGAUAUAUCUAUAAUAAUGAGUUACAAGUAAAAUAAAUAUAUGUAUAUAUAAUUCGAAA